AUGUCUGCACUCUUUAGCAUAGACUCGCUGUUCAGGGCCCUUGUGCUGGCAAUAUGCACGGCAACAUAUGUAAAGCAACACUUUCCAUCACUUGUUCCAAAGAACAAAAAGGGGUUUUAUUCUGUCUUUCAUAAGUUCUCCGUUGUUGGGGAAAGGCUUUCUCCUUUUGUAGCAUUAUCCUGCAUGUUUCUAGGACUCGGAAAGAUUGCCUCCAUAUUUCUCUAG